AUGUUCCUGGACUCGGGUGCAUAUAUAGAAUCAGUUGAUGACGAGGAUCGUACACCCCUUAUUUUGGCAUGUACCUCUAGCCAUUUUGAGACUGCAAAGCUGCUGUUUGAUCGAGGAGCUUGUUACGAAGAAGUCGAGGAUUCACCGAGAACUCUAUUGCAUUCCGCAUGUGAACAGGGUGUGUUGGAGAUUGUUCGCCUGCUGGUGGACCAACUUGCCAAUCUGGAAGCACGGAGUGAAAGUGACGGUUCACCCUUGCAAAUUGCAUGUGACCAAGGCUCGUCGGAUAUUUGUCGACUGUUCAUAGAUCGCGGGGCUGUUAUAGAAGUGCCAAAUGAAUGCAACUUGUCUACCCUACUUUCUGUAUGCAUGGAUAAGGGGCAAAAUGAUUUGGGACUCGCUCAGCUGCUUUUGGAUCGGGGUGCGAAUAUAGAAGCAAAGACAGAAGAUGGCGUAACACAACUGCACAUCGCUUGUGGGAGGGUAGCUCGGAGAUAA